GGUAUAUGAUUAAGCCGCCAUUUCUGGCCGGAUCUUAAGAGUUGUAGAGGACAGCCAUUACCAGGAAUAUAGACACUUAGUUAUAUGUUGUGGUAAAUUCUACCUGGACUACACGUCUCUGAGUUGGACAAGUCUUUGUAUGCCGACGGUCUGACAUUGGAAACAAGGUGAGAGUAUGUGUGACUAUUUUAUUCCAAUGAUAGUUUCUUCAACACAAUUAUUCAGGACAUUAUUGAAGUACUACUGAUUUAGUGAACACGGAGAUUGACUGAUGAUUCCAUUUCCCGCUGUCGGAACACACUUUCCUUUGUGACUGUUUUAAUCACUAGUAUACAAUAUAUAGGUAACGGCUAUAUAUCAUACCGUUUCAAUGUGAAAUCAACUUUCUUAAGUCGAUAAUCUUCAACGGUUUUACAUUUUUUUUUUAUCAAAAUGGACUCGUCCUUGUACAAAGAUCAGAUCCCUAUCCGUGUCAAAGGUCAAACUACCUGCAUUCACCACAACGGGAAACAGCUUGACCUUUACUGUGAAGAAUGUCACGAACUAGCUUGUACCAAGUGCCUAUCUACUAUACAUAAGAAACACCAUUUGUGUGACCUUAGUGAAAUUACUCCAAAAAAGAAAGAAGACAUUCAAAACUUCAUAGACAAAAUCGAGAAUGUUGACCUCGUAGAAAUCGACCAGUACAUCACUGCUACUGAUACACAACUAAAGGACAAUGUUAGCCACUUUGAAAAACUUUCCCAACAGUUAAAGACACAAACAAACAGAUUUAAACAGGAGCUGGACUUGUUAACAGCUCAGACUCUGUGUCUCUAUCAACAAAUGGAGGAGGAUAACACCAAGCUACUACAAACCUACAAACAGGACCUGGAAAUAUACAGCACUCAGCUAAAACAACAAGUACAGGAAUGUAGGGUAGUACUUCAGCGUGGCUCUGACAUACAAAUCUACAAGAUAGAAUGCGAUAUUCAAUCUCCUGUCACACUCCCUGUAAAACUUACCCUUUGUACCGCUAGCUUCACGCCAAACAGAAAUCCCCAGAGUCAGUUGGAACAAGCCUUGGGAAAAGUGAGACCAAGUACACCACAGAGAUCAAAAAGAACACACCCAUUGUUCGUGUUUCCAGUACAUAGCUUGAUGCCAAGAGCCAAGGUGUUAGAGGAGUGGUAUUCUUCAUUUCAUAUUACUUCUAUAUGUCCCACCACAGAAGGUCAGGUGUGGACAAGCAGUUACAGUAAAACCUUAACUCUCCUGGACAGGAAGGGCAACGUAAUACAGGAGGUGGAACACAAUACUGAUAUCAUGGACAUAAGUCUGUCAUCCACAACCAACACACUGUGGAUCUGUGACCAGAAAAACAACAUCACAGAGCUCGUGUCAGGACGACUAGUACACAGAUUCAGCAUCAGGGAGGAAGCACUGAAUAUCUGUAUAACAGCUAGUAACCAUGUCAUUGUGGGGAUGGCCAAACACAUCUCAAAAUUUACCACUGAAGGUGAAUUGGUACUUAGUACAUCGACUGCUCGGACUGAAAAUCCAUUAGUUUGUAUACCAUGGAGGAUCUCAGAGUGUCCUGUCACUCACAAUGUCGCAGUAGUUGAAUGGGAUAUUAAAGAUGAUGAUGAUGAUGAUGAUGAUGUUGAUGAUGAUGGGAAACAUCAUGUUGUUGUCAUGGACACAGAUUUCAAGGAACUAUUUGAAUAUGAUGGUGAAGUCCCACAUACAUAUCAACCAGGAGGUGGACCAUUUUAUCCCUAUGAUGUAGUGUAUGACAGUAAGGGUAAUCUCGUCAUAGCGGACUGUUUCAACAACCGUGUCCUACUCAUCAGUGGGCUUGGCGAGUUCCUCAGGAUCAUACACACUGAUAGCUACUGUAACAGGGCUGUUGGUGUAGACAGGGAUGAUGACCUGUGGACAGUGUUUUGGUUUGAAAAUGUCAAAAUACUACAUCUGGACAAACCGGACACACCGGACGAACGGGACGAACAGCCAUGUGUUAUUUUAUUACCAUAAAAACUAACGGUGAUACGAUGAUAGAAGUUAGGCUUUUAAGUGUCAAUAUGAUGCAGCUAAAUCCAAUACAGUUUUACAUCACCUAAUAGUUUCUGAUUGUGAUUUUAUUCGCUGAUUGAGUAAUGUAGGAAAUAUAGGCAACCGAUUACAAAACUAUCAGACAAAAUCAAUAAUGUUUUGUUUUUUCCAAUAAACGUGCUUAUGAUUCUUUCUAACCCAAAGAUAUUUAAUUUAGCAGAACUAAAUUGCUGGGAUCAUGUGAUUUCUGUAUUUGAAUUAAAGCAGGUAUAUGUUUUAUAGAAAUAUAAUGUUACAGCUACUUUGUAAGCUGUAACGAUGCAAUC